AUGGCAAGCCUGGCGAGCCCCUCACUGCCCCUGUUUGCUGCUCUGGCCCUGACACUUGUCUUGGCUGCUAGUCCUACAGCAAGUACUGAUGCUGAGUUCAAUCAGGCGGUAGUAGGUGGAGUGGAGCCAGCUGACCCAAAGGAUAAGGAGGUACAGGAUGCGGUGAACUUUGCUGUUAGAACCUACAAUGAUAUGAACAAUGACCUGUACCUCAGCAGGCCAAUACGAGUGAUGAGUGCCAGCCAGCAGGUUGUGGCUGGGAUGAACUACUACUUGAAAAUAAAGCUAGGCCGAACUGUGUGUACCAAAGACCAGUCUGAUGUGGCUGACUGUCCCUUCUAUAAACAGCUGGAUCAGCAGAAGAGUGUAAUCUGCAAUUUCCAGAUCAACACUAUUCCCUGGCUGAACCAGAUGUCCAUGACAAACUUCAACUGUUACAGUGCCUGA